AUGUUGACCUUGGUAAAUUGCAUCCGGCCAUGCGUGAGAGCCUUGAAUCCCGAGCCAGGAGCGCCGACCACGUACGUGGUCUUGGGUGCCAGCCCCGUCCGCGCCAGCCGCUGCUGUAGCUCCCUUUUCCCGAACGGGAUUGGGAAACCAGGGCUGCGUCUCGCUCCAGCAGUCGCGUCAGUCGCUAGAGCGGCCGGUCGUCUGUUCGUGGUAUGGUGGUGGUAUCUGCUGGUCAGGGGGUCACGUUGGCGUCUCGCACGAGGCGAUAUCCGGCGUUCAGUGGAUGAUCGAGAUGCUACCAGCACCAAGUCCGACACGGCUUUGGCACAUCCGGGUGCUCUCGCGGGGAUUCCAUCUCGAGCCUUCGGUGCAAGACCGAAGAAAGAUCCCGGCCUGCUCCCUCACGCUCAUUUUCGCAGCCGACUGAUUGCUUGGGAUGAACGAGGUAAUAAAGGGGGCCACGUCAACCUCCAGAUCCAGCGAUUCCUCGAGCUCAUCGAUGCUCCGCGUCCGAUUACUCUCGAUUAUUCAUGCCGUUGCCUCGUUCAUGUUUGGCGGAUUUGGGGCUACCGUCGUCCCUGCGGUCGGUUCAAAGACCUGAAUGAGAAGCCAACGGUUUGGAAUGGUAUGGUACCGCGGUUCCGUGGGAUCGUAGUCAAUUGA